AUGAACACUCCGACGACGACUCGUUGGCUGGAGUUCAUUAGAAUUCCAGCAAACCGACGAAAAAGAGUUAAUUGUAUAAUAACUUUCCUCAUAAUAUUUCCAAAAUUGACUCUUUCACAAUCCUCAUACUCUUCAACAAUUGAUGAACAUUAUUCAAAAUCUUCUGAUAGCAAUUUUAACUUUGAACCAAGUUUAGCCGUGGCCGUGGGAGCUCUUUCUAUCGCGUUUUCGUUAACCUUUUUAACUUUGAUCUAUGUAAAAUGUUGUCGUAUAUCGUCUUCUAAUCAUCAUGAAAACUUUGGUAGUCUUCCACGAUCAAGAUCAAGAUUCUCGGGAAUUGAUAAGGCCAUCAUUGAAUCACUUCCUUUCUUUAAGUUCUCGAAUUUAAAAGGAUGGAAAAACGGGUUAGAAUGCUCGGUUUGUUUGUCAACUUUUGAAGAUGUUGAAGUUCUUCGGCUUUUACCUAAAUGCAAACAUGCUUUUCACAUUGAUUGUAUUGAUCAAUGGCUCGAGAAACACUCGAGUUGUCCACUUUGUAGGUUUAAGGUUGCUAAAGAGGAUAUCACACAUUUUACUUAUUCGAAUUCUUUAAGGUUUAAUGUAUCGGAACCUUCAAAUCUUAGUCUUUUCAUAGAGCGAGAAGGGUCUUCAAGAUUUGGAAAUACAAAUAUUGAAAAUGAUCAUGAUCAUCAAAAAAUCUUGCACAAGUUUAAUCAUCGGAUCAUGGUAUGUGAUGACCAUGAUCCGAUGAUUCUGAGAACCAGAUGGAGCAAUGUGAGCUCAUCUGAUCUUCUUUUCUUGAAGUCCGAGAUGAUUAGUUGUGUGUCAAGUAACCGCUUUGAUCAUCAUUUUUGUCCGGAAAACGAAAGGGGAGUCACGGAAAGCGGUGGGAGAAGAUCGGUGUCGGAAAUUACGGUUCAUCCGAGGUUUCUUGAAGGUGAAGUUAGGGUUGAGGAAGAAAGAUUAAGGAGAUUAUGGUUACCUAUUGCUAGAAAGACAGUUGAACGGUUUGCUAAUAAUAGUAGUGAAAGCAAUUGUGUUUUGGAUGAUCAACGAAUACAAAUUGAUAUAAAGUCAAAAGAAUUGUUACAUGUAUAG